UUGAAGCAGCUGCAUCAUCAUUUGUUCCUGUGGUUCACUCGCUCCCUCCUUCCCUCUCUCUUCUCCUGUCCUUUCUGUCUCCUGAGACUCUGGGAGAGUUUGAAAUUACGCAUUUGCCCUUCCUUCCAAUUCCUUCUCUAUCGGUCGACGAAGUGGGGUUCAGAAUUGUGAUGUCAAUUAAUGGCGUUCUGCGAAACCCUAGCCGCCAUUUGUAAUUCCAGGAACAGGAAACCGCACCGAGAGACCCGUGAGUUCUUCAUUCAUUUAUGUUUUUCUUUUUUAAUUGCCUCGGCUUUCCUUUGAGCUUGCAGUAUUAGAGUGCUGAAGAUUUGUCGCUUUGAGGUUAGGAUUAUGGUAGUUUCUCAGAAUUUUGGAGUUUUGUUCGAAAUCAAUAGCGUUGAGAGCAGGCUUGCAAUUCUCUGGAAGCAUAUUGUAAUUUAAGAAUCUUGAGCUGGGUGAUAGGGUUAGUAUUUGGGGUUUAGUGUUUAUCUCUUUCAGGAAUGGCAGAAGACAGCCUCCGAAUUGGUGGGCUUUCUUCUGGGUUGGCUGUGUUAUUGAAUGGUGAGGAUAGUAAAGUGGGUUCAUCAAAAUCUUGGCUAGUUUCUAAUUGUGAUGAUUUUGGCCAUCAAUCAGUUGAACGAACUCUUGAAUACAUAUUUGGCAUCCCUAUCAAAUCAAUUGGUUCAAUAUCAGAUCAAAUCAACAGCAAUCUAGUCCGUGAUAUUAUAAAGAAGGAAUGUUCUGAUUUUUUUUCAGAUUCAGGUGCUGUCCUCAGACAUAGAGAUGGAAUUUGUGUUGUUGAUAAUGGUGGUGGACCCCACAAAAUUGCUCUUGAAGAAUCCAGUAUUUGUGGUGAUAUCAGAAUCAUCAGACCACCUUUGCUUGUAGAGAGCUUAGCUAUGUUCAGCAGUGUUAGGGCUAAUGCUUGUCUAUGGAAAGGGAAAUGGAUGUACGAAGUUAUAUUAGAAACCUCAGGUGUCCAGCAGUUAGGAUGGGCAACUAUUUCCUGCCCUUUCACUGACCAUAAUGGUGUAGGUGAUGCUGUUGAUUCUUAUGCUUUUGAUGGAAAAAGAGAAAAAAAAUGGAGCAAAGAAGCUGAAUCAUAUGGGCAGUCAUGGUGUGCCGGUGAUGUUAUUGGGUGCUGCAUAGAUCUAGAUCAGCAUGAAAUAACAUUCUAUAGAAAUGGCAUUUCUCUUGGUGUGGCUUUUCGUGGGAUUCGUCAGAUGGGACCAGGGUUUGGAUAUUAUCCUGCAAUUUCUCUUUCUCAAGGUGAAAGAUGCGAAUUAAAUUUUGGUUCCCGCCCAUUUAAGUACCCCGUUGAAGGAUAUCUCCCUUUAGAGCCACCUCCAACAGUCAAUACUUGCGCUUUUCAGUUACUUUCUUGCUUAUCAAGGCUGUUGGAUAUUGACUGUGUGGAGCGGGCUGGACAUUCUUCUUUGGAGAAAUUGAGGAGGCUGAAGAGGUUUGUUUCAUUUGAAGAUCUCUUUCUUCCUGUUACUCAUGGGAUAUGUGAGGAACUCUUUGCCUUGCUUGAAGAAAAUGGUCAGAGCAUAGAAUAUAUUGCUAGUGGUCCAUUUCUGUCAUUCAUGAUGGAUGUGUUUGGAGUGCAAGCACCGCAUGACUAUUUAAGUCUUGAUAGAAUUCUUGAUGUCUUCCUAGAAUUUCAUGGAUCAACUCCAUUGUUUGAACACAUAUUAAAUGCCCUCUCCUGUGGGUGCAAAACAGCUAGAUUGGUCCUGACAGAUUGCCCUUGUUCGGGGUCAUACCCCUAUCUUGCAUUGGCUUGUCACUUAUUGAGGAGAGAACAGCUUAUGGUUCUUUGGUGGAAAUCAACAGAUUUUGAAUUUCUUUUUGAAGGUUUUCUUUCACGGAAGUGCCCAAACAAGCAAGACCUUGAGUCUAUCAUGCCAUCUGUUUGGUGGCCUGGUUCAUGUGAAGAAGUGUCAUAUGAAAGCAGCAUGUUGUUGACGACUACAGCUUUAUCUGAAGCCAUUAGUAAGAUUGAGGAGAAACAUAGGGACCUUUGUCGCUUAGUGAUACAGUUCAUACCUCCUGUAAUGCCUCCUCAGUUACCUGGUUCGGUGUUUAGGACAUUUUUACAAAACCUCUUAUUGAAGAACAGAGGGGCAGAUCGCAAUCUCCCACCUCCUGGAGUUUCUAGCAAUUCUGUUCUGGUUUCUUUGUACACAGUUCUACUUCAUUUUCUAUCAGAAGGCUUUGGCAUGGGGGACAUCUGCAGCUGGCUGAAGAGGAGUGAAAAUGGUUCUGAUGUUGGUUUUCUUCAUAGGGGUGGUGAGCGGAGUUUUCCAGUUGGCCUGUUCCUAAAAAAUGAUUCCCAUCGAACAGACAUUUCUAGGCUUGGUGGUUCUUUUAAUCAUUUAUUGAAAUUGCAUCUUGUCAAUGAUGAAGAUGAUGAAGUAGUUCGGUGGGAAGAAGGCUGUAUGGAUGAUGAAGAAACAAGAGUAACUCAUUUAAGCAGGCAAAAACCAUGUUGCUGCUCAAAUUACGAUGCUGAUUUUGCUAGGAGCUUGAAGAACCCUAUUAGAUACAUAAACAAAGGUUCUCGUUCUCACUGUGGCCCUAUUUCAGAGAGAUCUGCUCAUGUUGCUGCAGAAUGCAGUGCUGGAAGUUUAAACGAUGAGAUAGCAGACAAACCAAGCUCCAGUGAUCAAUCUGAAUCUGAGUUUGGUUACCAUUCUGUGCAGCAGUUGAGGUUUGUACCCAGGGAGAGUAACAUGUCUUCAGCGACAUUAAGAGAAGAAGAACUUCUUGAUGUUUUGCUGUUGCUGUAUCAUAUAGGUCUUGCACCCAACUUUAAGCAGGCUUCAUAUUACAUGUCUCACCAAUCACAAUCAAUAUCCCUACUUGAAGAAGUGGAUAAACAAAUAAGAGAACGAGCAUGUAGUGAACAACUUAAGCGUCUGAAAGAAGCUCGUAACAAUUACCGGGAAGAAGUUAUAGAUUGCGUCAGACGUUGUGCAUGGUAUCGCAUCUCUCUGUUUUCUCGAUGGAAGCAAAGAGGAAUGUAUGCAACAUGCAUCUGGACAGUCCAAUUGCUUCUAAUUCUUAGUAAAGUGGAUUCACUGUUCUUAUACAUACCUGAAUUUUAUCUGGAAUCUCUGGUUGAUUGUUUUCAUGUGUUGCGUAAGAGUGAUCCUCCAUUUGUCCCAUCAUCAAUUUUUAUCAAGCAAGGGCUUGCCUCAUUUGUUACUUUCGUAGUCACACACUUCAAUGAUCCUAGGAUAUCAAGUGCAGAACUAAGGGAUCUUCUUCUUCAGUCUAUCUCUGUAUUGGUACAGUACAAGGAAUAUCUGGCAGUUUUUGAGAGCAACAAAGCAGCUACCCAAAGGAUGCCGAAAGCAUUGCUUUCUGCCUUUGACAACAGAUCCUGGAUCCCAGUAACAAACAUUCUUCUGCGGUUGUGCAAGGGAUCUGGCUUUUGUUCUUCAAAGCACGGAGAAUCUUCGUUGUCAUCUGUUAUGUUUCAGAGGUUGUUGAGGGAAGCUUGCAUAAAUGAUGAAGAGCUGUUUUCAGCAUUUCUUAAUCGCCUAUUUAAUAUGCUCAGCUGGACAAUGACUGAAUUCUCAGUUUCAGUUCGAGAAAUGCAAGAAAAAUACCAGGUGUUAGACUUUCAUCAAAAGAAAUGCAGUUUCAUAUUUGACCUCUCGUGUAAUCUUACAAGGGUUUUGGAAUUCUGUUCCCAUGAGAUACCUCAAGCAUUUCUGAGAGGAACUGACACGAACCUCCGGAGGUUAAUAGAAUUGAUUGUCUUUAUUCUAAACCACAUAACUUGUGCAGCAGAUGCUGAGUUUUUUGACUUGUCAGUUAGACGAAAUGGUCAGUCUUUAGACAAAGUAAACAGAGGAAUGAUAUUAGCACCUCUUGUUGGGAUUAUUUUAAACUUGUUGGAUGCUAGUGAACAUAUGAAGUUUGCGGAAAACAACGAUGUGGUGGCCAUUUUCGCAAGUAUGGAUUGCCCUGCUAGAGUUCAUUGUGGAUUCCAGUUCCUAUUGGAUUACAACUGGGGUGGAUCUUUUAGAGGGGAUAGUUAUCUUACAAAGCUUGAACAGCUAGAAGAUUUCUUGGCUCUCCUUAUUAGCCGUAGUGAGUCUGAAAAAGUUGGUGAGAUGGGUUGUGAAGAAGAAACAGAUGUGAAUGACAGCAUUUGCUGCAUCUGUUAUACCAGUGAAGCAGAUGCUAGAUUUGUGCCUUGUUCUCACAUGUCUUGUUAUGGAUGCAUAACAAGACAUCUGUUGAAUUGCCAAAGAUGCUUCUUCUGCAAUGCUACUGUUCUUGAAGUUGUCAGGAUUGGCGAGAAAACAUAUUAAAAGAAUGCUCUGAAUUAUCUUUACUCGGGUUCUUUUGAUGAUGGCUCGUUAUCUUUCUCGAGCUGGUUCAUGGCAGAAACAUGUUUUCUUAUGAAAGACUCUCCGAUCUGACUGGUCAAAGCAAGUGUCGAGGUUGGCAGAUGAUGUGGAACACAAAAGAAAAUCUAAAAGAAUAGGGAAACCCAAUAAAAAAGAAACGGGAAAGGAAAAAGGAGGGGGGAAUGGGCGGACAAGAGAACAUAAAAUAAAAUUUAAUUGAUAUGGUUUGCUUAUUAGAAAUUAUAAUUUAAUUAUAUGUAUUUAUAGUAAUACUGUGUGUAAAGGAAAGGAGGUUGAUAGGAUAAAGGGGUCUGCAGUCUAGAAUAGGACUGGUUGGGGUGGUUAGUUAAAGAAUUUUGUAGAGGAAGCAAGGCACAUUAUUAUUCUGUAAAUAUGAGAUGUAAAUGGAAAGGAAAUUCCUUCAGUUUUUUUC